UGACGUACUGAAUCCUCUCCGGUUGUACCGGAGCCGUUAGUUUCCUCUCCGGGAGCCGUUUCCUGUUGAACCUGGUGAAGAGUCGAACAUGUGUCCGUCGACAGAAGCAGCUUAAAGUCUGUGAGGUUGAGUUUGAGCAGCAGCGACGUGGAUUUGUGCAGGAAACAGGUGAAGACGGACUGCGAGCUGCUGCUGAGCCGCUUCCAGCAAACACAGUCCGUCCGCUUCGAGGUCUUCUCCGGCAUCUGGAGGGACGUGAACUUCUCACACAUCUUCUGGUGAUUGGCAGGAGGAGGAGAGUCUGACGGAGGAGCAGAGGAACGUUGUCAGACUUUUUGUCUGAGCUCAACAACGGAGGAAACAUGGAUUCUUCACAAGAAAAACGUGGAAACGGCAAUGGAAUCAGACUUCGGAUCUCUGAGGACCAUAACGACACUUUCCCAAUGACAACAAUUAGAUAUGAAUCGCUCAGUUGUGAGCAAUGUGACAAGACUUUUAUCACAGCAAAAAAGCUAAGAAAUCACAAUCGUGUUCACGCUAUGGAGAAACCAUUCAGUUGUGAUCAGUGUGAGAAAACUUUUUCUGACAAGAGUAAGUUAACAAGACACCAACUCAUCCACAGUGGAGUUAGACCAUUCAGCUGUGAUCAGUGUGGGAAGACUUUUACUCUGGUGCAUCAUUUAAAAUGCCAUCAACUCAUUCAUAGUGGAGUUAAACCAUUCAGAUGUGAUCAGUGUGGGAAGGCUUUUACUCAGAUUGGUGACCUAACAAGACAUAGACUCAUCCAUAGUGGAGUUAGACCAUUCAGUUGUGAUCAGUGUGGGAAGACUUUUACUUACAAGAAUAGUUUAACAAGACACCAACUUAUUCACAGUAGAGUUAGACGUUUCCGCUGCGAUCAGUGUGGGAAGAGUUUUACUCAGAUAGGCAACCUAAAAACCCAUCAACUCAUUCACAGUGGAGUUAGACGAUUCAGUUGUGAUCAGUGUGAUAAGACAUUUUCUUGCAAGAGCACAUUAACAAGGCACCAACUCAUUCAUAGUGGAGUUAAACCUUUCAUCUGUGAUCAGUGUGGGAAGACUUUUACUCAGAUGCAUCAUUUAAAAGUCCAUCAACUUGUCCACAGCGGAGGUGAACCAUUCAGCUGUGAUCAGUGUGUGAAAACCUUUAAUCGAAAUGAACAGUUAUUGAUCCAUCAAUGUCCCCACUCUGGUAGAAAACUGUACCACUGUGACUCCUGUGACAAAACUUUCAAGCACCAACAGAACCUAAAAUCUCACCAACGCAUCCACACUGGACUUAAUGUGUACAUAUGUGAUCACUGUGGCAAACCAUUUGUCCAGUUCGCACAGUUAAAAGCCCAUGAAGUUACCCACACUGGGGUGAAACCAUACCACUGUGACCAGUGUGGAACAGGCUUCAACUACAUUUGUAGUCUCAAAGCUCACCAAAGUGUCCACACUGGAGAGAGACCAUACAGAUGUGAUGUGUGUAAUCAGACUUUUAGAACUUGGGGUUCCCUGAAACGACACCAACAGAUCCACACCAGAAAGAGAACACUGAAUCAACGUCACAGUGAGCAGAGCAGCACAGAUGGACAAAACUCUCAGACUUGUCAGCACUCUGCCAAUGGUGAACAGUGCUGUUGUGACCAGUCUGGACCAACAUCCAACCAACAAGGAACCCUACAACGACACCAGCAGAUGCACACUGGACACAAACUGAACCUCUGCCAAGAAGAUUUCUCCAUGCCAGGUUCAGUGAAAGUUCAUGAAGUCUCCCACAAACUUAAAGUCCUUGAGAUCAGGCUCCACAGAAUUCAGUAAAUCAGGAGUGACCCAAGAAGAAAUCAGUGAGGGAGGCCACCAAGACACCUAUGACUCCUCUGAAGGAGUUCCUGCUUCAGCAGCUGAGAUGUUAGAGACUGUUCAUCCAACAACUGUUGUCUGUUCUUCACCAGUCAAAGCUUUAUGGAGACAAAGAGAAAGACUCUGUUGGAAAAAGUUCACAUUAAAUCAGGACUAGAGUUCACUAGAAGACAUGUGGAGACUCUGAAGAAAACUGAAGAAGGUUCUUUGGUUUGACUUUCUCUUUAUACUUUGCUGCUGUAGUGAGCAGACUGAAAAUCCUGGUUUGAGCUUCAACAACAUGAACUUUUUUUUUUUUUUUUUUUUUUAAAUGAAUCGGUAGCUUAUAUACUGUUAAAUUUUGUCUUGUUUGAUUGUUUUAAAUGAAUAUUCAUUGCAUUUUACUUCUGCUGUUUUAUUUAAAUCCACCUUCACUGGUUCUUUUUACCAUAAACUUUGGAUAUUUUAACUGGUAUCUAUAAAGUUUUAGCUCAAUAUAUCAAAUGCUUUCCUCAGCAUUUAACAUAAAACAACUGUCCUUUGGUCCACUUUCAGCAGGUUUUUUGCACAUUUAACUUUGAAGCUGUUUGAACAACAACAUCUCAGGAACCAUUAAAGAUAAACACCUGGAAUUUUUUUCUGCUAUUUCUUAUCUUGAAAUUAAUUCAGAAUCUACAAUAUUGUACAACUUGUCACAUCUGCUCUGUCAGUUUCUUUUUCAUUUUAAUAUUAAAAAUAUUUUAUGUGU